CUCUUCCCCAACGACGUCAUCAAGCGUGACGCUGAAGUCGACGCAACUGUGUGUCAAGAAGAUCUGGGGACGAGAAAGCAGCGUUGCGCGGGGCGAUGAAGUUCUGGGGCACGCCAGGACUGAGGGCGGCUUACAAGGACGUGCAGCUCACGCACAUCCUGAACGCUCUCUUGCUCCAAGACAUGAACAAGGCUGGAUGGCGCCAGCUUAAAGGGCUGACGGCGAGCGAGCGUGGGGGCGCAAUUAGCGAGUGGGCAGAGCUCGAGAAGAAAGCCCCCGUCACCCAGGCGGACGUCUUGACUCCGGAGCAGCUUCAGCGUCUCGCGGCCAAAUCCAAGGAGAGAGGCAAAGAAUUCCGGGCAAAGGGGACGUUCGCCAACGCACCGCUCAAGGCGACGCACGCGGCGAAGGGGACGAUUCUCAGGGUGCUGUGCCGUGGCGCCGCCGACAAAGAAGGCCCCAAGAAGGGCAGCCAGGAGUCGGAGCAGCUGGUCGGGACCCUCUACGCGGCCUUCCGCCACGUCAUCGGCGGGGCCCACUGCGAGUACUGCGGCGUCGAGCUGACGAUGCUGCAGCUCACAAAGGAGGGCGUCAGGCAGCGCAAGGCCUCUGGCGCUGUGGGAAGAGCCAACUUCCCUUUCAACCUCUCGCUCGACCGUCGAGACCCUGGGCGCUUGGGAGGGCACUAUGCCCUGAACAACCUGGCGGUGGUGAGUUGAGCCCGACGCACAGCCUGCGACUGGCCGCAAAUGACGCACAUCUCCUCGCUCCUCUCCUCGCAGUGCUGCAAGGGCUGUGACAUGACCAACUUCGGCUUCAAAGUCGACAACUUCUUGGUCAUGAUGGGCAAGAUCGUCGACGAGGCCGACACGCGGGUCGACGACAAAGGCAACCUCUGCUCUCCUCCUCGGGCCCGCCCGCACAUUGGGCCGCGAAACGACGUGUACCUGC